UUACCGCCUUUAUAACAAUUUUUAGAAGGCACAGACAAGUUUCCACUCUCACAGCAGCAUAUUAUUGCAACGUGUUUGACUCGUACAAGAAAAAACCAUUACGUCAUUUGAAACGGAAUUUUCCCGUGAAACGUGUGUUUGCAAUAGUUAAGUCAUAAUGAGAAGCUGUCCUGAUUGAGUGCAACAUGCAGUAGCACAAAGAAACAAAAGUAAAAAGGUUUUCAUCGUUUUCAACGCACAUUGGAAUGUUGUAACGCCGUGUGAUUUACUAACACAGUCGCACGGAAGCCACUCAAACAGUUCAGAAACUGAUAAAAGGAGAGCUGUUUGCUACUGUGACGCUCAUGGCGCCAAAAGAUCCUGUCCCUACUGUAAACGAUGAAGGUUCCGUGUGUUCUGCUGCUACAACACUGGAGUUUGAAGAUGCCAAUUUGAGAGGAAUACCAGAGGUGUGUAACUAUGAAGGCGACGAAGAAUUUCGAAAAAAGGACUACAGCAGUGCUAUACAGCGCUAUACGGAAGGGAUUGAAGCAUACUGCGCAGACAAAGAGCUAAAUGCCGAACUGUACAGCAAACGGGCAACAGCACAUUGCUUUUUGGGAAAUCACACUGAGGCACUAUGCGACGCGAAAGCUUCCAGAAAACUUAAUCCAUUUUGUAUGAGGGCCUACACCGCAGGAGGAAGAGCUUGUGUGAUGUUGAAUCAGUUUGAAGAAGCUAUCAAAUGGUGUGAGGAAGGACUAAGAAUUGACUGGGAUAACAAGGCGCUGUUAGAAUUAAACAAGGAGUCUCUCUCAAAACGAAGCGAACUGUCAGCCAAGGGAAUUUCAACUGAAUCCCGUGAUCUAAAUCUUGAUAUUGCCAAAAAAGUAGCAGAAAGAAGUUCUCAAGGACGUCAUUGUCUUGAACUUGGUGAUAUACAUAGCCAGGCCAGAAAUUUUGAGGAGGCAGUAGCCUAUUACAAACGAUGUCUAUCUUUUUUUCAAGAAGAAGACAGGGUCGGAGUAGCAGAUGUGUAUGGUAAACUUGGCAAUGCUUACAACAGGGUUGGUAAGUUUAAAGAGGCCAAUGAGUACUACACAAGGCAGCUUAUGUUUGCAAAAGAACAGAGUGACAGGUCUCAGGAGGCACAAGCACUUGAAAGCCUCGGCAUUCUUAAUCUCUUUCACUCUCAGUUCGGUGAUCUUAGAAAAGCCGUAGAGUAUCUCAAUAGAUCUUUAGAAAUUAACAUUGAGCUGGACGAUAUAUCUGGAGAAGGUCAUGCGUAUGGCUAUCUUGGAAUUGCGUUUCAUAGGCUCGGUGACUUGGAAAAGGCCCUGAAGUGUCACCAAAAAAACUUAACGAUCGUCAGACAGUUGGGCGAAAAGGCUGAGGAGGGAAAAGCGUAUGGGAAUUUGGGGCGUGUCUAUCGAAGUCUCCGUGAUUUCAAUCAAGCCAUAGUGUACCAUGAGCUGCAACUAAGCGUCGCAAGAAAACAGACCAGGAAGGUUGAUGAAGCUAUUGCGCAUUAUGACCUUGCUUGUAAUUUUGAAUCCUUAGCGGAUUCCGCCCGAGAAUCCCAAGCGGAUUCCCGAGAAUCCCCAGCGGAUUCCCGAGAAUUCCCAGCGGAUUCCCGAGAAUCCCCAGUGGAGUCCCGAGAAUCCCCAGCGGAGUCCCGAGAAUCCCCAGCGGAGUCCCUAGAAUCCCAAGCUGAAUACUUAACGAAAGCUCGAGAACGUUAUCAAUUUUGUGCAGAACUGUUGAAUAACGUAAGACCUCGUAAAAUUAGUACUUUCAACGACGAGUGGAAAAUUAACUUGUUUGAUGAAUACAAACAUGUCUACAGUGAUUUAUGUAGAGUUUUAUCAAAACUUCAUUUGGAUUCGGAAGCUCUUUUGGCGGCUGAACAAGGCCGUGCGCAAGCUCUCAAAGACUUUAUGGAGUCUCGUUAUCAGAUUGAAACAGUUCAACCUUUCUCAAGUAAACAGGACGGAAGGGUUUCAGAUAUAUACAGAGACAUUCCAGCCAACACUGUUUUUUUGGGAAUAGACACGGACACUAUCAAUAUUUGGCUGCUGAUGCCAGGCCAAGAUGUUCAAUUUGUAAAAAGACCAGUCCAUCCUACCCGUAAUGCGACAAACUUCCUGCACACAUUGAUACAGAACGCUUGUUGUCGUUGUUCAGUUACUGUACCGCUUCGUGGUUUUCAGAAUUCAUUGCAGUUAGAUGGGAGCUCAUUAGAUGAUGAAGACUCAAAUGAAUCUGAUAAGUUCACAGUUUAUGGCAUCGAAGAACUUGAUAAGGAAGAGAGAAAUCUUGGAAGUUCGUUUCUGUUGGGUGGAAGCCCAUUGCAUGAGGAUGAAAAGUUAUACCAAUCAGAAAAGUCCACGCCUCACGGCAUUGAAAAGCUUGAUCAGAAGGAAACACAGACUGGCAGCUCAUCUCUGUUAGAUGGGAGCCCAUUACAUGAAAAUGAAGAGUUAUACCAAUCUGAUAAGUCCACGGCUCACGGCAUUGAAAAAGUUGAUCAGAAGGGAACACAGACUGGCAGCUCAUUUCUGUUAGAUCUGAGCUCAUUACAUGAUGAUGAAGACUUGUACCAAUCUGAUAACCCUUUCCGUACCUUGUACGACGUGAUAUUUGGUCCUAUAAUAGACCACUUGCAAGGUGGCGAAAUUGUCAUUGUCCCCGAGGGUCCAUUGUGUUUGGCCCCUUUUGCUGCAUUUGUUGGUCCUGAUUCGAGGUUCUUAUGUGAAUCUUUUAGAAUCCGGGUCAUUCCCUCCCUAACAAGUUUGAAAUUGAUUGCCCAAGGUGACCAUAGUGAGAGAGGCGCGUUACUUGUGGGAGAUCCAUGUGUACAAGACUUAGGGAAUUGUCUACUAGGAGUCACUCUUAGUCAGCUUCCGUAUGCAAGACUUGAGGUACAAAUCAUCGGAGAAUUACUGAAUAUUUCACCUGUCAUUGGAAGGACGGCAACAAAAGCGACAGUGCUUCGUUACCUGUCAUCUGUUGCAUUAAUACACAUUGCCGCGCAUGCUAAAGCUGAAACUGGUGAGAUAGCUUUGGCUCCGGAUCCGAUAAUUCCAUUCCAGAUGCCAAGAGAAGAAGACUUUCUGUUGACAAUGGCGGAGAUAUUAACUGUUCAAGUGCGGGCACAGCUGGUAGUAUUAAGUUGUUGCCACUCUGCCCAAGGAGAGAUUAGAGCUGAGGGUGUGGUUGGCAUUGCACGAAGCUUUCUGGCUGCAGGUGCUCGUUCUGUUCUGGUGUCACUGUGGGCGAUUGACGACGAGGCCACUUUAGAGUUCAUGAAAGGAUUCUACGGACAUCUGGUAGAAGGAAGGAGUGCCAGUGAAGCUUUAAACAGAGCCAUGAGAUACCUCAGUGAAUCAAACAAGUUUAGUGAUGUUAGACAUUGGGCUCCGUUUGUACUUAUUGGUGAUGACGUCACGCUGAAAUUUCCCGACUACUGAAUUGAAUUGUUGCGGAGACCAGUUUUGCCGCCGAAAAAGACGCUCCGCGCCGGAUGUUUUGUUACAACGUUCCUAUAAACGUCUGGG